CGGCUUUCCGGUCUUGCGAUGGCAACGAUAUCGGACCCGCAGGCCCGGCGGCUGCUCGACGCCGUCGACGUCGCCAAGCGCGCGCUCGCAGCCUUUGACGCGACGCCGCUCACGCCGCCUUCAGUCGUCGUCGUGGGCAUGCAGGCGGCGGGCAAGUCGUCGCUGCUCUCACGCAUCGCCGACGUCCCGUUCCCGCACGGGACCCACGACGGCGCCUGCACGCGCGUGGCGUACGAGCUCACGCUGCGCCGCUGCGACGCGCACGAGGCGCCAUCGACCAAAGUGCUCGCGCACAAGGCCGCGCUCUCGGAUUUCGUCUCCAAGGAGCGCCUCGAGUACGCGCAGAGCCUCGUGCUGCAGGGCCAGAGCUACGACUGCCACCACAAGGUCCACGUCGUCAAGGCCGACGCGUACCUCCCCGAAGCCAUCCUCGUGGACCUCCCGGGCGUGCCGUACGAGCACUGCAAGUCGGUGUCGCACCAAGAAGACCGCGACGUGCUCGACCUCCUCCGGACGUACAUGGAGCCAGAGCACGGCCUCAUCUUGCACGUCGUGCCGCUCAACAAGCCAUUGGAAGCGAUCCGGUCCUGGGACCUCGUGCGGCAGAUGGACCCGAGCCUCGACCGGACGCUCAACAUCUUCACCAUGGGCGACCUCAGCGACGACUGCCCGGACGCCGAGUACAUUGCUGCGACGCUGAUUCCGCGCGAUCUACUCGUGCCGUCGGAAGCCAUUUUGAUUCUGGACCACGACGACGACGCGACCGAAGGUCUCCACACGCUCCUCAACGAGCGCAUGCUGCAGUACGUCAUGGACAUGAGUCUGCCGGCGCUCGAGCGUCAGAUCCAAGUGCAUCUCGGGACGUGCGCGAGUACGUUGGCCAAGCUCGAGCAGCAGUCGUUCCGGCUGGGCUUGCUCAUGGCGCGCGAAGUGCACGACGUGGCGCAGUCGAUUCGAACGAUCUUUGACGCGUUCUUGCCCGAGCUCCGCGUCUCGAUGGAGCGCGUCGUCCAUGACAUUCUCGCGUGGGAAAUGACGCCGUUCGGGUCGAUCCAGUCGCUCGACGACCGGCGCCUCGACCUCGCGGCCUUUGAAUCCCUCGGGAAGCUCUCUGGCGACGCGGCGCUUCUACUCGACCUCGUCGUGGAAGUCAAGGAGAUGACGUUUCGGUCGCGCGGCGUUGCGAACGAGUCGUUCCACCACCCGCGCAUGCCGCUGCAGAAGUGGACCGAGGUCUUCGCCACGCACACACACAGCAUCAUGCGCACGUUCGUCGAUGAGCUCUUUGGGCUCUUCCACGACGAACUCCGCGCCAGCGUCCACGGCAACGAGCGCUACACGGACUCGAUGCGCCACAUUGGCCUCCGCACGUUGCUGAACGCGCUCCAAGCGACAAAGGCCCGGGCGACCACGGUCGUCGAGAACAUCCGCGACUGGAACCUCGGACCGGAUCUGUACACGACCAACACGGAAGCGCUGGCGGCGGCGUCGCGCCCGAGUGACGCCGAAGCGUCAUUGCUGGCGCAAGCCGUGGACACGCGGCCGCAGUGGGCUCCCCACUUUGAAGCGCUCUUUCACAUCCGCGGGUUCCUCCGCGUGCAGCAACACCUUGUGGGCGAUGCGAUGCAGCGCGAGAUUCUGCGGCUUCUGCGCGGCUUUAUGGCCGACGUCGAGCGGCUUUUGCAUGAAUGCAUGGACGAGAUGAUGAGCGAAACGGAGAAGAGCCAGCGACGACCGCCCACGGCCGAGAUGGGUGCCAUCGGCCGCCGCAACGAGUGGCUCGCGCGGCAGCAGGCGCUGUACGAAGCCCUCGCAGGUCUCGGCCGGUACCUCCCGCCCGUGACCGUCGUCUCGGGCCGUGACCCCAGCGAAAUCAAGCGGCGGCGCAUGGUGUAG